UUUAUUUUCGCGCCCAGUAUUGACUAUAAGUAGUCGGAGCUCUGGCGAAUUUCUCUAAGCUGUUCUCAGAUCCUCCACUUAUCGUUUCUUCGUCAUGUCGGGGCGCGGCAAGCAGGGAGGCAAAGCUCGCGCCAAGGCCAAGACCCGCUCUUCUCGGGCCGGUCUCCAGUUCCCCGUGGGCCGAGUGCACCGACUGCUCCGUAAGGGCAACUAUGCUGAGCGGGUCGGGGCCGGCGCGCCGGUGUACCUGGCGGCGGUACUGGAGUACCUGACUGCCGAGAUCCUGGAGCUGGCGGGUAACGCCGCCCGCGACAACAAGAAGACCCGCAUUAUCCCGCGUCAUCUGCAGCUGGCCAUCCGCAACGACGAGGAGCUCAACAAGCUGCUGGGGAAAGUGACCAUCGCUCAGGGUGGUGUCCUGCCCAACAUCCAGGCCGUGCUAUUGCCCAAGAAGACCGAGAGUCACCACAAGGCCAAAGGCAAAUAAUGCCUUCAUGGAAUCACUUUCCAAUACAACGGCUCUUUUCAGAGCCAACUACUAUUUCUGCGGGAGAGCUGGGCC